AUGGCUCCAGAGGGAAUCCGUUAUAGCAAGCGACAAGCUGGAGUAGAGGCUACUCCAGUUAUGUCGAAGAUGAAAAGAAUGAAAACCAAGAAAGUAGUUGACGUCACAGAGGAAGCACUGGUUGAGGGUACACAUAAUCAGGAACAUGUUUCUGAAGAAGGAGACAACACAUUUGAAGAGUAUGAAGACGGUGAGGCAUCUGAGAACAAUGAGGAUACCAGAGAAGAUGAUGUAGAAGAUGAAGUAUCUGCUGAAGAUGCACAAACACAACAGUCAGGGACAACCAAGAAGAAAACUAGAGGACCAACAAAGAUGCGUAAAGUCGCCAAGCAUCAUGAUGACAAGGUCCAAGUGGAAUUCACAUCUGUGGGUGAGCAUGUAGGGGUAGGGUCAGUAACAUUGUCUUCCUUUCUUGGACCUCUUGUAAGGGAGCACGUAUCAGUUUUACUUGAUGAUUGGAGACAUCUUGACGACGAGUUAAGGGACACAUUGUGGGAAGAAGUUCAGGGGAGAUUCAAUUUGACAGAGGAGUGGCAAAAAGAAUCGGUUUUAAAACAGAUGGGUGGUCUGUGGAAGUGUUCUAAAUCUAGGCUGACUAAGCAGGUUCGUUCUACCAGAUGUAAGAUGGCACUUAAGAAGCUAAAACCGACAAACGUUCAGUCCGUAGCAGCUUGGAACAAUUGGGUUAAGCAUAGAGUUAGUCCAGCCUUUAAAAGUGAAAAAUAUAGACAGAUGAGGAGGUCUCAGAUUCCUCACACUACCAGCCGCAAAGGAAUGGUUAGGCUUGCUCAUGAAAUGAAGAAAAAAAGUUCAGACCCACGGAGAGUGACUAGGAGUAAGGUCUGGGUGGCAGGACACACCCAUGCUGACGGUACACCUGUAAUAGAAGAAUUCGCAGAGACGAUUGAGAAGGUAAAAUCCAUCGAUAGUGAAUUGGAGUCCACAGCCAAUGUUAAUAUCAGAGAAGAUGCUGUGAGUCAAGUUUUAGGAAAAGACAAACCUGGGAGACUCAGAGGGAUGGGCAAAGGGUUUACUUUUACUAAACUAGCUUUCCUACAAGCUAGGGACUCACACGUUCAGAAGCUGGAAGCAACACAGGCGCAAUUGCUCAGCAAGAUUGACGAUUUGACGAGUGCUUUCAACAACUUAACAGGAAGAAACACUUCUCAGAGAGACAGUGACAAUGUUUCUAGGUCUGAGCAUGGUGACAUUAGUAAAGGUGGGGUUAGGUGUCACAUACUUGAUUGGUGUUCUUCUGAUGAUGUCGUUAUCGGAGAAGAGGAGUUCUGCUCUGCUGAACCAAUGUACAAAAUUGGUCGUAUUCCACUGGGUCCUAAUGCAGCAGCAGUCAUGGUGAAGUCAGCAGUAAGACCAGAAGCGUAUCUUUGGAGGCCCUCCUCAACUAUUCUGACACUUGGUGACACUAUGAGACAGAAAGUGGCAUGGCCAUUUGAGAAAAUUAUAUUGGACAGUGAUAUGGACUCACCUAAGACGAAUAUAGAAGACCCAAAAGAUUUAGUGGACAAUAUACCUCUUGGUCCGAAUUCCGCAAUAGUGAAGGUUGCAGUAGUUAUGAAAGAGAAGGCUUUCUUAUGGAGACCAAGCGCAGAAAUGUCGGAGUUGGGUGAUGCACUUGACAAGAACAUUGCAUGGCCUAUGCAUAAAGUACAGUUGAUGAGUCCGGCCAUACCACUUGAAGAAACAACAAGGAAAUCACCGCUGAGUGCAAGUAAUAGUACCAGCAGUAGCAAAGGAGUGAAGCAGAGGUGUAUCUUGCUAGACUGUGAUGGGUCAGGAGAAACAGUUGCACAAGGUCGGAUAUCUUCAACUGAUCCAGCAGAUAAGGUUCAUUUUGUCCCGUUAGGAAUAAAUGCUAGUAAAGUGUGGAUUGAGGUUUGCAAAUCUGAUGAUGCGCGAGUGUGGCGACCAAACUCGGAAGUGGAGUUCGUAUCUGAUGAUGUGGGUACAACAGUCGCUUGGCCCAAUGAUAAACUCAUCUUGCUUUGA